UUAAUGUGGUUUCAUUUCGAGCCUGGCUGGCCGGCUAUUGUUAUCAAGACUAGCUCCGAUUUAUCAGCAGACAACCCAUCUCCGCAGCUUAGACAAAUGGCUAAAGAUCAAUACAUCGCGUGUUUCCAUGUGUGCAAACGUCUUACUGUGUUGUUCUUCACGCCGACUGGUAGCUGAGCAACACACCAGUAAGAUGUACAUUUACUGCAGUCACUUACACCAAGCACUGAGAGACGAGCAUUAGAUUUUAACAGGAGGGAGCAUAUUCAGCUAAAAAUAGCCUUUGGAGCUAACGUUAGUGUAGCUUUUCCAGAGUGAAAUUUCAGCAUCGAGCCACGAGUAGGCAUUAGCUUUUAACAAACAGGCUAUGACACAAGAUGGACAAUUAACGGGAAAAUCUGCGCUAUCUAAAGAGCAUCAUUAUACACCCUAAAGGUUACUCAGCGUCUCUGCUGUGCCAUUAAAUGGUAGGUGAAAGAAGACUGUUUACUUGUUUAGCUAACGUGGUUGCUAAGCGACAGGUUACAGCGUCAACAAAAGCUAAAAUGGAAAGGGCUAUCCCAAUCCGGAAACUGACUUAAACGGAACCAAACUUAAAACAAAAAGCACAGGCGAAAUUAAAAUAAAAGCCAAUGACACACGCAAGCUAUAACAACUCUGUUUAUAACAUAGUUGUUAAUCCCAUCCAGGCCAUACUCCGUGUUUUGUAGCUUUCUCUUUGAUGUGCAUGGGAGGGAAUGUGUCCCGUCGGUGGGCGGUUACAAAACGGUGCGUGAUUCACAAACCUUAUUUGUUGCCACUACUUUGAGCGCCAUCUUGUUUGUAACUCUCCUACGUAAGUGGUAGAGUUCUACAGAGGGGGUAUCCGAUUACCCUUUUUUCCAGCUUUAGACUGGGAACCUCUCACUGACUGUAGUACUCGGGCGCAUAUUGCAUUUGCUUUAUCGCCUCUCUUUUAAAUAAGACACAGUCUUUCCAACUGGACAGAAAUGAGCAUCGAAACGCUUCUGGAAGCAGCCAAGUUUUUGGAAUUGCAAGCCCAGCAACAACAGAAAGCACGUGAGGAUGAGCUAAAAGAAAAGCAACAUCUGGAGCAGUUGGCAGAGCAAAGGCGCUCUGGUGUGAACUACAACUCAACAAUUCACAUCACCAAUGUUCCUAAAGCAGAGGAGCCUCGCACUGAGUGCCGCCCGGCACCUGUGCCACCCUCUCUGCCUCCCCCCUCCAUGCCCAUUACUGUCAUCCCCAUUCCUGUGGUCACCCCCAACCCUACAGGCUCACCCACACUGCCCGUUGCCACACUCUCCCCUCCAGCAGCUCCACCACCUGCCCCUACUCUGCCACGCUCACCACAACCCAAACCCGACCAUCCGAGCUCUGUGCUGACCGCCAGCCAUAAGCAGCUGAUACAGAACCACCAUCAUCACUCACAACUCAUCGCCCAAACUAACAACACUAAACUGCAACAGCACACACAGCAGCAGAUGGUUCAGCGCUAUCCCGGAUCCAUCGUCUCAACCCCCCAGCAACAUGCCUUACUGCCACAGUCUGGCCCUGUGCUCCAGCAGGCUCCUCUGCAGAACGGGUCCAUCAGCCGGGGGAGCCCCCCUGAUGAUGGCCGCCACAUAGACAACAAGAAGAGGCCAGGAGGGGCAGGCACAAGAGAGGUGCAUAACAAGCUUGAGAAAAACAGACGGGCACACCUGAAGGAGUGUUUUGAGACGCUAAAGAAGAACAUCCCCAACAUAGACGAGAAGAAGACAUCCAAUCUGAGUGUGUUAAGAAGUGCACUGAGAUACAUUCAGACGCUGAAGCGGAAAGAGAAGGAGUACGAGCAUGACAUGGAGCGGCUGGCCAGAGAGAAGAUAGCCACGCAGCAGCGAUUAGCUGAGCUGAAGAAUGAGCUGAGCCAGUGGAUGGAUGUCAUUGAGAUCGACCGCAUUCUCCGACAGACAGUACAGCCAGAGGAGGACCAGGCCUCGACAUCCACUGCCUCAGAAGGUGAAGACAUUAUGGAAGAUGACCUCGAUGACAAGAACACACCAAGAGCACAGACUGCCUUACCCACGGUGCCUCAAACCAUGAAACCUGAGUUGCACAAGGCCGCAACACCCACACAGGCCCCAACCAUGACACCCACCGCCACCACCACCUCCACUACCUCCUUCAUCACCCAACACAUCUCCAUCCAGCACAAACCCCCUCUGCACCAGCCUCAUCUGCAGCCACUGCCUGUGCCUCCUCCACAGCCAGUGUCCAAGCCUGCAGCCCCACUUACACUUACAGCCACAACUUCCAGCACUCCCACCACCCCUAGUCAGCCCCUGAUCCCCGCCCAAACACAGAUGGUGACCAUGCCUAGCCUACACUCCACAGUUAUUGCCCAUGCUUCAGUGUCCCAUCCCUCAGUCAUCCAAGCAGUCAACCAUGUCAUCCAGGGAGGUGGUCCUAAACAUAUUGCCCAUCUGGCUCCCUCCAGCACCACCAGCUCUGUACAGUUAGCUCCCAGCCACCAACCCAUUGGCCACAUAACUGUGCAUCCAGUGGCUCACCUCAGCCAGCAUCUACCUGCCCUCUAUCCCCAACCAGUGGCUGCCACACAGCCAGCUGUUGUCGGUCACAUCACCCACACCAUAAACCACACCCACCCUCAAAUGAACGGCACUGCACCGAGCCAACCGGCUGCCACCAUUGUUGGCAAGCAGACAGCAGUGAGCACCCAAAUGGUGGCCCACCACCCGCAGCUGGUGGGUCAGACAGUGCUCAACCCUGUGACAAUGGUGACCAUGCCCUCCUUCCCCAUCAGCACUCUGAAGCUUGCCUGAACACUGCCGACAGGACCACUGGGAUGGAAGACGGAUACACCCCUUAAUAGGGGAGAACUACAAGCCUCAUACCAGGCCAUGAACACAAUCACAGUGAGGGCAGGAGAGCUGCAUAACAACUCGCUGAUCCACAGAGUUUCACCAUCACUCAUUAGUUUUGCAGCUGAUGUAAAGCCGGGAACAUUCCUAAGACAAAAUGCAAACCUCUUUCAAUACUAGUCUAUCAAAGUGUCCUGAAAUCUUGAUCCUGAAUUUAGGACGUACCAGGUUGCAUGUGGCUAACAGUCUCCAUGCUGAGUGUGUGUGGCAGGAAGCAGUGGGCAGAUGUGCCAUCUGGACCCUCACUUGUCACUUGUAGUCAUUUUCACAUGAGUUGUAUGGCCGCAUGUCAAGAAAUGCUGCUCUGCCAGCCCAGUGACAGCACCUUGUUUCAGUGUAUAUGGCGGCUCUACUUGCAAUCACAGCAACCGAUGCAGAUUAACCAAUAGUAGAUCGUAACCUCGAGAGGUUACACUCGGUUGUAGGAUCAAAGUUCUGGACCUGCCAUAACCACCAGCACAUUAGGAAUGUGAUUUAGAGGAGCUCCUCCUCUCUAGCAGAGGCGCAUGCUGCAGGGCUGGAGCAAAAUCACGGACUGAAGUCAAGCUCCUGAAGUGGAGCUGCAGUCCUCAGUGAUGGUGCAUACAGCAAUAGCUCCCCCUGAUGGCUGAUUGUGUUCAAUGUAAUACUACUAUUCCUGUGACAAUGAAAAAAGUGUAAUGCUGGCGUCAUUCAAACAACGGCCACUUAAAAAAGAAAAAAAUUAAGUUUUGUCAUUAAAGGACACUCAACUUGUUACUUAUCUUUGGGAUUUUCCUUCAAACAUAACGUUGAGUGUACACUUAUUAUUUUAUUUUAUUUUAGGAUCAAUAUGUAAGAUGUUUUCGUCGCAGCUGCUAUGUUUUAAAAUAUUUGCCAAAUAGAAUGACUUUGAACAUCUACAUGCCCCGGAAAUGUAAACAUCAUCACAGACUAAAUGUCUAAGAUAAGAGAUUUUGAAUGUGAAUACAUAUCAAGUCCAUAAGAUAUAGCAAAGCGUGUUUAUGUGGUAUGGCAGAGCAAAUGAUAGUAAGAUGUGUGUUGCAAGUAAGAUGUUUGCAUGCUGUGAAUGCAUUCUUGACUGUAAAUUCACUAUGUUUGAGAGUGAGGACCCAUAGCAUUGCUGUCUGUCCUCAACAAGUUGCAGUAGGGAUGUAGGAAUUUUUUUGUCUUUUGGCACUUGAAUUGAAGCUGUGCCAUUCACAAUUAUGGGCUUGGGAUCCCUAUAAAGUGAUGUCAGCAGCAGACAUAAAACCAAUCAAAGUGUGUUUUUAUAUCCUUUUCCAAAGCUAGCACUGUGAACAUUUCUAUUCGUCUCAAUGAGCGGCAAACCUGCAGAUUAGCAUAGCAGUUGCUAGAACAGCAACAUGCUGUGUUCUCCUAAUUUAAUCCGAAUGUACUGACCUGUGAAAGGAUAGCGCGCUCAUCAGAAGUUAAGCCCUUAAAUGCGAUUACCUUAUUUAUCACAUGUAUGUUAUGUGUAACCUUUAAAACUGACUUUGUAUUUUACUGUUGCUUGUUUCAUCUGGAGAAUAACUUCUUCUGUUCUGUGUAAAUUUGAUAAUAUAGUUUUUUUCUUUUCUUUUUUUUCUGGGACCAUGUACAGUGCUGUAUAUCGGGGGUGAUGACUACACAGACCUCUUCCUAUGUUGAUAUCACAUUCGGCCACUUUGAAAAGUAUUCACCCUUUAAUGUUGAUGUAGUUUGUUUUGAUGCAAUAUGAUCACAACAGGGACAUUUAUAUUUUGUUUUUCUCACUAACGUUAAGUGCAAAGCUAGAAAAAAUAAAUCACCUUCAGAUUUUAUGCAGAGGAUCCUGAACAAAUGCCUUUGGAAAUCAUAUUGUAGCAAACAAAUCUGUAAACAUAUACAGGGAUUCAGAUACUUGAAGCAACAACAUACUUCUGUGUUUUCCCUAUGGAGAAAGUUUUAGUUGUAUAUAGCCUGUAAAUGUUGGGCUGCAUUUAGAUCUAACUGUAUCAUGUAAAAAAGCUUGAGAAAAUAUGUAAAAUUAAAAAUUUAUAUUAAAAGAAGAUAAUUAAUAAAUUGUAUUAUGUUUACAAA